AUGGCCCAAUGAGGACAACUAGGAUUUCAAGACAGCGCUUCCCCAAUAAUGGAACAGCUCAUCUUCUUCCAUGACCAUGCUCUACUAAUCCUACUUCUGAUCACUACACUAGUAGGUUACCUUACCGCAUCUUUUAUGUUAAGAUCUCUCACAUCCCGGUAUAUUCUAGAACAACAAACCAUCGAAACAAUCUGAACCAUUCUACCAGCCAUUAUCCUUAUUUUCCUCGCCCUACCAUCCUUGCGCCUCCUUUACCUACUAGACGAAGUCGGUAUAUCGUGCCUUCUAACAAUCAAGGCAACUGGUAACCAGUGAUACUGAGGCUACGAAUACUCAGAUUUUAAAGGAAUAGAGUUCGACUCAUAUAUACUACCAGAAGACACACUAGAGGCCGGACAAUACCGAUUACUUGAAGUUGACCGACGAAUAGUUGUUCCAACAAAAACAGAUGUCCGGAUACUAAUUACCUCUAACGACGUAAUCCACUCAUGGGCCGUCCCAUCUCUCGGGGUUAAAGUAGACGCAAUCCCCGGCCGCCUUAACCAGACAAGUUUUAUGGCCACUAACGAAGGGGUGUUCUACGGACAAUGCUCAGAAAUUUGCGGAACUAACCACUCCUUCAUGCCAAUCACAAUCGAAGCAAUUAAUGUCGACGACUUCUCACAGUGGGUAAUACUAACUACCCAAGAAGACUAA